GCUGCUGGAGGGGAGUUUGUUUGGACGGGAGCCCAGGACGGCCUCCUCCUCGGCGCUGGAUGGGGCGGAGCAGCACACAUGCGCUGAGCUGGCAGAGUCACAGUCAGUCAGGGCUGAUCCCUCCGCCCGCUGCGCCCGAGGAGAGGAGAGGAGACACGGACAGGCUCGCGUCCGGGGUGCUGGAGACCCACCUCACCGCUCACUGUCUCCAAGGACAACAUUAAGGCCCCAGGACUGAGGAAACCGCGCACCCGACACGGAGACACCAUCCGGACACGAAGCUGAAAAGGGGACGUCUCCUCUCCAUCGUCUUUGCGCACGACCACCCAUUAAAAACCCCUCUGGACCAGCGCCGCCAGCAAGCGAUGCACCUUGAUGUCAAGACAACGAUCACUACGAUCCAUUUUUGUUUGUUUGUUUGUUUUCACUGCAUAAUUCUUGAUCUGUCAUUCCAGGGUCGAUAAAAUAAUAAUAAUAAUAAUAAAACAGUACGGACACUGUUCUUGGUGUUGACACGCAUGCAUUUAACGGGUUUCUGCUUCAUGGGAAUAUUCUCAUGGCCUGAAACUGACAUAAACUAUCGAUCUGUCGCAUUGACUCUGGAUUGAUUGACGCCUUUUCUUCCUCGCAAGUCUUUUCGAACACUGUCAUGUGUGUCCAGACAACAGUCUGAUGCUUUCAGACAGCAGUAGUAGAUUAUUCAACCACUGGUGACAGUGUCUUACAGGUCCUUCUGCAAAAUCUGCUGGGCCUUCCUUAAAAACUGACUCCUUAUUUUGCAAUCCAAAGGAAUUGGAGCACACAUUCCCCCUGGAAAGUUUAAGGUGGAGACCAGUGCCGGGCCAAAAUAUAUCCAGGAGGUUUUACACAAGGUUUCAGGCUCCGGUCCGCAUGCUGUCAUGCUGUCCUUAGAUGAGCCACUGGACCUGAAGGUGCCGAGGGGGCGGGUCGGUGGGCGGGACAGAGGUGCCAUGUCUCCGUCCACUCUCACUCCCUCUCCCAUACAUGCCAAGGGGGCCGGGCAGCUACGGAUGGCAGACGACGGUACCGCAGUCAUCAUUCCAGCGUCUCCAGCCUCCCCACACACAGGUGUCCUGCAGGACAAGUCCGAGACCCCCACACCGCCCGCUGUGGACCUCAGCAUGUCCCCGUCCUCCCGCAACACCGCCUGCUCUCCGGAUCUCUCCAACGGAAACGGCUCAGCUCCCAUUUUCCACGGGGAUUCGGCACAUAUCCGUUACGUGGAGGGAGGGGCCACAUCUCAAGCGUUCCAGUUCUUCGUGCCCAUUGGAGGAGGAGGAGGGCUUCACCUGCCUUCCUCCAUGUUCAUUCGGCAGCCCAAGGACACACGAGCUUCUCCAGACCUCUCCGCAGAUGAACAGCUGGCCUGUCGCUGGAGGAAGUGCCACCUACUUUUUGACUCCUUGCAAGACCUGGUGGAUCAUGUCAAUGACUUCCAUGUGAAGCCUGAGAAGGAUUCUGGGUACUGUUGCCACUGGGAGGGGUGUGCACGCAAAGGACGGGGAUUCAACGCCAGGUACAAGAUGCUGAUCCACAUCCGCACUCACACCAAUGAAAAACCUCACCGUUGUCCCACCUGCAACAAGAGCUUCUCCCGACUGGAGAACCUCAAGAUUCACAACCGCUCACACACAGGAGAGAAGCCCUACAUCUGUCCUUACGAGGGCUGCAACAAGCGCUACUCCAAUUCCAGUGACCGGUUCAAACACACACGCACACACUAUGUGGACAAGCCCUACUACUGCAAGAUGGUGGGCUGCUUGAAACGCUACACGGACCCCAGCUCCUUGAGGAAGCAUAUCAAGGCUCAUGGGCACUUCGUAGCCCAGGAUCAGGGAGGUCCGGGUGGAGUGGGCUCCUUGAUGAAGCCAGGGCAGAUCCCUGGGGCGGGGAAAGAGUCUGAGCUGACUUAUGUCAGUGGGGCCCACAUCAUUAUUCCUGGUGCUGCCGCUGCUCUUUUGGGUGGUCACAGUCUGCAGGGUCUUGGAGGCUCCCUCCCCUUGUCCCCCCUCAGUCCCCGCCCCUUGGACUUGAGCACGCUGGGCUGCCCAAGCUCCCCUCCAGCUGGGCUUGGGGGGACGCCCAUUUUGUCCUUCAGCGGUUCGCCACUUGGUCUGGCCAAGUCACCCUUGCUGUCUCAUACCUUCUCAUCUUCCACGCUGGGGUUGCCCAUGGUGCCCAUUUUGGGCUCGGAGCGCAGGGACCAUGGCAAGGGAAAGGCCAGGGGUGAGGAAGGCGAGGACGAGAUCCAUGGUGGCGUGCUCAACCUGUCUACGGGAGCAUCCCAUGACCCUCUGUCUUGGGUUGUCAUCCCCUCUGGCCAGGUGGUGCUGAAGCCAGCUGUGGUCAACUGAGCACCACAUUCCAGAAGAACGGCAAAGGGUGGGGGUAGAAAAGGGGUCAGAGUUCAGAGACAAGCCUGUGGGGGGUUUUCACAAAGCAAAUUUAGUUCUGCUCAGAGGUGACGCCCUCUUCUCCAACUUUUAGUGCUACUUCAGUUCUAAUUUCUACCUUUCAGACAGACACUGCUACCUGUUUCUUGUGGUAAUAACGAUAUCUUUAAACUAAAUUAACAUAACAUUUCAGAAAGUGGCCAAACAUUCCACUCCAUUCCAUUUCAUUUCUGGCUCAUCUUAUUACCAGGGGUAUCCAAUCCUGCUUCUGGAGGGCCACCUUCCUGGAGAGUUUAGCUCCAACCUGCUCCAACACACUUGCUUAGAAGUUUUGAGUAAUCCUGAAGACCUAGAUUAUCUGUUUAAUUAUGGUUGGGUCUAAAUCAGGGGUGGGCAACUAUGACCCUCAAGGUUCACUGUCCUGCAGAGUUAGUUCCAACCCUAACCAAACACAUCUGAACAAACUAAUUUAAAAAAGACAGGUGAGUUUGAUCAGGGUUGGAGCUAAUCUCUGCAAGACAGUGGACCUCAAGGGCCAAAGUUGCCCAUCCUUGGUCUCCAAACUGUUGUCCUGCAGUAUUUAGCUCCAACCAACUCCAACACACCUGCUUGAAAGUUUCUUGUAUGCCUAGACAGACCUUGAUUAGCUGGUUCAUAUGUGUUUAAUUGGAGUUGGAGCUGAACUUCGUAGGACAGUGGCCCUCCAGGGCAGUUUGGAGACCUCUUGUCUAAACUCUGCAGGAAGGUGGCCCUCCAGAAGCAGGAUUGGACACCCCAAGUCUUGUACACAUUGUUUUCCUUUUAAUGAGAGCACUGAUCUAAACAGCAGACUUGGGAAUCUGUGCCCUUGCUUCAAGAGACAAUUUCUGUGUAUUUAUGCGUAAGAGAAACUUUUGGACGACAGUGUACACAACACACUAAAGACACAAAUGUAUGCUAUUAUUAUUAACAAACCAACUUUCAAGCCAUUCCGUGCAUUAAGAAAAGACCUCUAAGCUCAGCAAGCUAGAGAUCUUGGAGGCUAAACUCGCAUGGGUUUGGUUAGGUUUGCAAAGGGGUGUUGAGGGCAUAGGUCAGACAAGAGCAGCUUGUUUACUUGCCGACAAUCAGCAUCUGUUGUACCCAAUCCUUCUCCUGGAAUGCCACUUUUCUGCAGAGUUUAACUCCAACACACCAGGCUGGAAGUUCUAGUUAUCCUGAAAACAUUGAGUAGCUGGUUCAGGUGUGUUAAUUAGCGCUAGAGCUAAACUCUCCAGCAAGGUGGCCCUCUAGGAGCAGAUUUGUACCCUCCUGCUUCAGACUGUCCCACGUCCCACCUCAGUCAUUAGGCACCCUCUGCAUCCCAUGCAAGUGAACUUCCUUAGCUCAAUGCUACUGCAAGCUAUAUGACGAACCUUGCAUUUGCUGCUAGCUGUGUCACUGCAUUGUAAGCAUACAUCUUUGAAUAAAAAUAGACAAAGUA